AUGUCAUAUAACAACGGAGGAUAUAGAGGUAAUUCAGGUGGAUACUCCAAUGGGGGAGGUUUCGGUGGAAGAGGUGGUUCAAGAGGUGGCUAUGGUGGCGGUGGAUCAAGAGAUGGAGGUAAUUACGGUGGUGCAGGUGGCUACGGUGGUGGUAGAAGUGGCGGUUUUGGUGGCAGAGGUGGUGGAAGAUUCAACGAUGCACCCAGACAAGAAUUGACUGUUCCACAAUGGGAUUUAGAACAGUUGCCAAAAUUUGAAAAGAAUUUUUACACUGAACAUCCAAAUGUUGCUGCCAGAUCAGAUGCUGAUAUUGAAGCUUUUAGGGCUGAAAACGAAAUGAGUGUUCAAGGUCAUGAUAUUCCACAUCCAAUCACCAAUUUCGAUGAAGCAGGGUUUCCUGACUAUGUUUUGAGUGAAUUGAAGGCACAAGGUUUCCCAAAACCAACUGCUAUCCAGUGUCAAGGGUGGCCAAUGGCUUUGAGUGGUAGAGAUAUGGUUGGUAUUGCUGCUACUGGUUCGGGAAAAACUUUGUCUUAUGCUUUGCCUGGUAUUGUUCAUAUUAACGCUCAGCCGUUAUUGAAACCUGGUGAUGGUCCCAUUGUUUUAGUUUUGGCCCCAACAAGAGAAUUGGCUUGUCAAAUUCAAACUGAAUGUAGCAAGUUUGGUUCAUCUUCAAGGAUCAGAAACACCUGUGUUUAUGGUGGUGCUCCAAAGGGUCCACAAGUUAGGGACUUGGCUAGAGGUGUCGAGAUUUGUAUUGCCACCCCAGGUAGAUUAAUUGAUAUGUUGGAAGCUGGUAAAACCAACUUGAAGAGAGUCACUUAUUUAGUUUUGGAUGAGGCUGAUAGAAUGUUGGAUAUGGGUUUCGAGCCUCAAAUUAGAAAGAUUGUUGAUCAAAUCAGACCAGAUCGUCAAACAUUGAUGUGGUCCGCCACAUGGCCAAAAGAAGUUCAAGCUUUGGCAAGGGAUUAUUUGAAUGAUCCAAUUCAAGUAACCAUUGGUUCAUUAGAGUUGGCAGCAUCUCACACAAUUACUCAAAUUGUCCAAGUUGUCAAUGAAUACCAAAAGAGGGACAUGCUCGUCAAGUACUUGGAAAGUGCUUCCAGUGACACCAACUCAAAAAUCUUGGUUUUUGCUAGUACCAAAAGGGCAUGUGAUGACGUUACAAGUUAUUUAAGAUCAGAUGGAUGGCCAGCUUUAGCCAUUCAUGGUGACAAGCAACAACACGAAAGAGACUGGGUCUUGAAGGAAUUUAGACAAGGGAGUCAUUCCAUUAUGGUUGCAACUGAUGUUGCUGCCAGAGGUAUUGAUGUCAAGGGAAUCACUCACGUUAUCAAUUUUGAUAUGCCAGGUAACAUUGAAGAUUAUGUCCACAGAAUUGGUAGAACUGGUAGAGGUGGUGCUACAGGUAUGGCUAUUUCAUUUUUCACUGACAACAAUAAGAAGUUGGGUGGUGAUUUGUGCAAGAUUAUGAGAGAAGCUCAUCAAACCAUUCCACCAGAGUUGCAGCAAUAUGAUAGAAGAAGCUAUGGUAGUCAUAUCAGGUAUGGUAGAGGUGGCCGUGGUGGCCGUGGUGGUUUUGGUGGUUUUGGUGGUGGACGUGGUGGCCGUGGUGGUUUUGGUGGUGGCCGUGGAGGUUACUCAUCAGGUUCAAAUACUGCUCCAUUGGGUGGUAACCGUCGUUACUAA